AUGGAGAGAAGGUUUUGUAGUAUGCUGAAGGAAAGGACAGGGAUUGAGAAACUUACUGAGGAGCAGAUUGAGGAAAUACGAGGCUUAGUAAACAGAUCUCACGAGUGGGAGGCAAAGAAGAUAAGAGAAUGCGGAGGGCUUGUUGAGAUGUCAACUGAAGAAUACGAUAUGCUGUGGGAUGUUAAUUCAUACACGCUGACAGAUGCAGAAAAGGAGAAACUCAAGGGACUUGAUCAAAAGACAAUAUUCAAUAAUAUGUUGUGGUUAUUCCACAAUACUCACAAAAUUGAUCAAACUAUAAAACGGCCAUUGGGAAUGCAUGUGUGGGUCAUUGACCACUGGAUCAAAACUGUAGGAUCGGCAACUGUCCGAAAGUUUCUAAGGGACAAUGAAUAUGGCGGAGAUUUUGUAUAUUUUCUGUAUAAAUACUUUAAUCUUUAG